AUAUAUAUGUAGAAAAUUAGAAAGAGAAACAAGAGUUUGCUUAUAAUGUUCAUGUUCUUGAGCAGACAACUUUUCGCAUCCAUUAAUAUUAUGGACAGUUUAUUAUUGAUUUUAUUAGUAAUAAUUUUGUUGUCUUCCAUAAUAAUCUUGUACAGAAAUAGCUACAGAUCGUCGUCGUCGUCGAAACUCGAAACUCCGCAGCUUCCUUUAGGCAAUCUUGGGUGGCCGUUUCUUGGUGAAACCCUUGAGUUCAUUUCUUCUGCUUUAACAGACCGCCCCGAAACUUUCGUCAAUAAACGUCGUCGUUUGUAUGGAAAAGUGUUCAAGUCACAUAUAUUUGGAACACCAACAAUAGUAUCAACAGAUUCAGAAGUGAGUAAAUUUAUUCUACAAAGUGAUCCAAAGAUGUUUGUACCAUCUUACCCUAAAUCACUCACUGAAUUAAUGGGAAAAUCCUCAAUUUUGCUCAUUAAUGGAAGCUUACAAAAAAGAAUUCAUGGUUUAAUAGGAGCUUUUUUUAAGUCUGCUUAUCUUAAAGCUCAAAUUACAAGAGACAUGCAAGUUUAUGUUGAAGAAUCUAUGAAGAAUUGGAGAUUUGAUCAGCCUAUUUUUAUUCAAGAUGAGACCAAAAAUAUUGCAUUUCAGGUACUAGUGAAGGCAUUAAUAAGUUUGGAUGCUGGUCCAGAAAUGGAGUCGCUAAAGGAACAGUUUCAACAAUUUAUAGCUGGUCUCAUGUCUCUGCCCAUCAACUUCCCUGGAACUCAACUUUAUCGUUCAUUGCAAGCCAAGAAAAAAAUGGUGAAAUUAGUGCAAAAAAUAAUUAAAUCCAAAAGGGAGAGUGGCAUCUCAAAAAUACCUAAAGAUGUGGUGGAGGUUUUGCUUAAUGAUGCUAAUCAACAAUUAACAGAUGAAUUAAUAGCUGAUAAUAUGAUUGAUAUGAUGAUCCCCGGCGAAGAUUCCGUCCCGGUUCUUAUGACACUUGCCGUCAAAUAUCUUUCAGAUUCCCCUUCUGCUUUACAACAAUUAACGGAUGAGAACAUGAAAUUGAAAAGUCUCAAAGCUCAGCUUGGCGAGUCAUUAACUUGGACUGAUUACUUAUCUUUACCAUUUACACAAAGGGUAAUUACAGAAACUUUGAGGGUGGGAAAUAUAAUAAUAGGGGUGAUGAGAAAGGCAAUGAAGGAUAUAGAAAUAAAAGGGUAUUUAAUACCAAAAGGAUGGUGUGCUUUUACAUAUUUUAGAUCAGUUCAUCUUGAUGAUCAUCAUUAUGAUUGCCCUUACCAAUUCAAUCCAUGGAGGUGGCAAGAAAAGGAGAUGAGCAAUAGCAAUUUCACUCCAUUUGGAGGUGGACAAAGAUUAUGCCCUGGCCUUGAUUUGGCUAGACUUGAAGCUUCCAUAUUCUUACACAAUCUUGUUACUCAAUUUAGUUGGGUGGCUGAAAAAGAUACAAUUGUAAACUUUCCAACAGUGAGAUUGAAGAGACAAAUGCCAAUUUGGGUGAAGAGAAGAGAAGAAAAUCAAUCCACGAACAUAUAUUAAAAUCAAUAACGAAAAAUAUUAAAUUUUUACAAUAAAGAUAUAACUUUGGGCCAAGAAAAUUAUACUUUCUUAUUACAAUGAUACAAAUAACCCAACAAAAAAAAAUUGAAGGGGAAUGGAAAUUUUUUGGUACAAUGAAAUUUUCUGAAUGGGUCUCAACUAUAAGACGGCACAGGGGAUGAAAAUUAAAUAAGAAUAAAGAAAUUAUCGACAAAUUAAGACCGGUGCAUUUGUUAUCUUCCAUUAUAAAUGUUGUUAAAAAAUAAAACUUUACUAUAUAAUUUUUUGGGGACCCGUUAAAUUAGUACUGCUUCUUUUUUCAUCAUUUCUUUUGUAAUCCAACUAUACUAGCAUUUUAGCAUAUGUACAAUGUAAAAGAAAGUCUUAACCAGUAAAAAGACUCAUUACUUUAAAGUUUUUUUUUUUUUUAAUGUAAUCUCUUCUUUUUAAAUUUGUUAUCUAGCAGACCCCUCUUUUUUUUUUUUCAAUAUUAAAUGAGUCUUUGUAUGAAGAGAAAUAAUGAACGUGUUCAUUCGUGGCUGUUAAAUAACAAAUUCAUCACGUUAUAUUUACGUGAUUAGCAAUUUUCAUAUAAAAAUAAUUAGUUAUUUGUAUUUUUAA